CAGUUUGCACACCAGUUCUCGCUCCAGCAUUGAAUAUUCGCUUCAAUCCCAAGUUUGAAUUUGAGCGUGUGUACAGUGUACACAAAGAUUUUAUCGUUAGUCUUCAUCGACCGUUGCAGCUUGUUCGUCGGUCAGUUUUGUUUUGUCGUGACUUCGGGAGUUUCGUUUUCUUUCGACUUUUCAAAUUUUUAACCGUUAACAAUAAUGGAUACCGCAACUAGCGUGCAGAAUGCGGGCGGUGGUGCCACUCCAGCCAAGGGAAAGAAAGCAGCAGCCAAACGGAAACCCGCCGCCAAGAAGGCUUCGGCCACGAAAGCCAAGGGAGCGACCAGGCAGACCAAACGGGCCACGACCAAGAAAGCUUCGCCCAAAAGCAGGGAGUCACAAAGAAAGUUGCUGUCAAGCCGAGAAGUGGCGCAAAGGCUGCUAAGAAACCAAAGGCUGCAUCCGCCAAAAAGGCGGCCAAACCAGCGGCGAAAGCAGCAGGUAAAGGUAAAGCCGCAGCGAAAGGCAAAAAGUGAGCAACUGCCCUCACUCCCUUCCCUUUGAAACCCGCUAAUCAGGCCUUAUGGAUUCCAGUACGAUGGCAUUUGGUUUGUUUUUCUGUGCAGUUUUGUCCAUUUGGUAAUUCUUCCAUCAAAAUAGCCAAUGAAUUAUGAGGUAGUUGUAUUGAUGUUAAAUUGUUAGUGUACGUAUACCUUUGUUGCCUUCUGCGCCAUUCUUUUCUUGUCGAUUUGUGUGUGGAAUCGUACAAACGCUGGCACAGUAUUAAUCCUGUUGAUUUCUUUUACUAAUAAGCGUAACUGUCGAUCCAUGUGCUCUUUUUGACUUUAAUAUGCGUGUAUUGCUUCGGCGAAUAUGACUACUAUGGUCCUGAAUUCGUUUUGUCUGUACUUAUUAUUGAUGUGGAUUUCGGUUGAGCAGUGCCGGAAAUGUACACACAGUGCUGUUCACUCCUGUUAGAUCUCGAAUUAAAAAUCCAACGGA